AGCAGCCAAGACUCCAGAUCCCCUGGGAUCCUGGCACCUGCAAGUGGAGAAUUAGCAUUUGAGCUGUUGGCCUGGUCCCAAAACUGCUUAUCUUAUGCCCCUUUUAUAAACCAGAGCCCAGGAAAGUCAAAUAAUUUUCUGAGUUAUGUAGCCAAUAAAAAGUAGGACCCUUUUCCAGAUCCCAUUUUAUUUGACCAUAAUGUUAUUAGAUCAUUAAAAGAUUCUUGAAAAGAAACAAGUGAAAUGAAGGUAAUACAGAAGUCAUUCAGAAAUAGAGAAACAUUGCGACAGUAAGUAGUGCCUUAGAAGAUGAGCAGCGGCAGUCAGCACUGCAUGCGUGGCAGGUGGCAGGUAUGGCUUUGGUGUUUUUGAAUAGAGGGUCAGAAUGUCCAGCAGUGACACACAUCACAGUUGGGAGUGUGGAAGCUCUGCUAGCUUGCUUUAAUUCACAGCCUCUCCCGAGAUUCAGGAACUACAGCACAUGUCCUCAGAGGACUCUCAAGCACCUUUAGUUCCCUCUUGUAUUCAUUUUAGUUAAUUGACUACUUAGUGGUUGAGAUGCACAUUCUUGGUUUCGAUUCAAAGCCGUGAUAGAUUUUGCCUCUUGAAAACACCUGCUAAAACUGUAGGACAUUUGUACAACUUUGGUUGGUCUCCGUUGGUAUUUUUCAUUAGAUUUUGGUUUGAUAAUAUCCUUAAAUUCUUAUUCUAGUUCUUAGUAUUUAUGUUUGCCUACAUCAACACAAACAUUUCUUUGACAGAUGGAUGAGGUUUUUUGAGUAUAUUGAAAGUAUGUGUAAUAAUUUAAAAAAUGAUGCAUUUUUCUGACUAGGAUGAAACGAGGAAGAGAUAGCAAUCUUAAUUCAUCAGAGGAAGGUCCUGCAGAGAACUCCAAGAAACUGAGGACUACAAGUGAGCGUUCUCCCAACUGUGACUGGGGCAAUCUCCUGCAGGACAUUAUCCUCCAUGUGUUUAAGUAUUUGCCUCUUCUUGAUCGGGCUCAUGCUUCGCAAGUUUGCCGCAACUGGAACCAGGUAUUUCACAUGCCUGACUUGUGGAGAUGUUUUGAAUUUGAACUGAAUCAGCCAGCCACAUCUUAUUUGAAAGCCACCCAUCCAGAGCUGAUCAAACAGAUUAUUAAAAGACACUCGAACCAUCUACAGUAUGUCAGCUUCAAGGUGGACAGCAGCAAAGAGUCAGCUGAAGCAGCUUGUGAUAUAUUAUCACAACUUGUGAAUUGUUCUUUAAAAACACUUGGGCUUAUUUCAACUGCUCGGCCAAGCUUUAUGGAUUUACCAAAGAUAGAUGACACCCCUGUGGAUGAUCCCUCCCUCAAGGUGUUGGUCGCCAACAACAGUGAUACACUCAAGCUGCUGAAGAUGAGCAGCUGUCCACAUGUCUCUCCAGCAGGUAUCCUCUGCGUGGCUGAUCAGUGUCAUGGCUUACGGGAACUGGCCCUGAACUACCACUUACUAAGUGAUGAGUUGCUACUUGCUUUGUCUUCUGAAAAGCAUGUUCGGUUAGAACAUUUGCGCAUUGAUGUGGUCAGUGAGAAUCCUGGGCAGACACACUUCCACACCAUUCAGAAGAGCAGCUGGGAUGCUUUCAUCAAACAUUCACCCAAAGUGAACUUAGUGAUGUAUUUUUUUUUAUAUGAAGAGGAAUUUGACCCAUUCUUUCGUUAUGAAAUACCUGCUACCCAUCUUUACUUUGGGAGAUCAGUCAGCAAGGAUGUGCUUGGCCGUGUGGGAAUGACCUGCCCUAGGCUAGUUGAAUUAGUAGUGUGUGCUAAUGGAUUACGACCACUUGAUGAAGAAUUGAUUCGCAUCGCAGAACGUUGCAAAAACUUGUCAGCCAUUGGACUGGGGGAAUGUGAAGUCUCAUGUAGUGCCUUUGUUGAAUUUGUGAAGAUGUGUGGUGGCCGCCUGUCUCAGUUAUCCAUUAUGGAAGAAGUAUUGAUUCCUGAUCAAAAGUAUAAUUUGGAGCAGAUUCAUUGGGAAGUGUCUAAGCAUCUUGGUAGGGUGUGGUUUCCAGACAUGAUGCCCACUUGGUAAAGACCGCAUGAUACAGGGCAUGUCAAAUAGCACCUUAACUUCAAGCCUAUGUAUUGUAAGUUUAUUUGCUGUAGUUCUGACAUAAUUCUGUUUUGUGGCAAAGAAAUUUGGCAACUUCAGUUGAGUAUGUAAGGAUUGUUUCAGAAAACUCCAUUUGUUUCUUCAGCAUAACAGCAAUCAAAUUUCCAAAAAGCAGUUUCAGAUGUGGAAGUAAUAACCAGUUAUAAAGAUUAAACAGUUUACUGUCUGAAGGAUACAAAACCUAUAUAUUUUAAUAUCCAAAAAACGAGCACUAAUAGGUUUUUUGAAAUGUUACGUUCUCUAUGCAUUUUUUAAAAAUGUAAACUUGAUAUUUUAGGGUCUUCAGUUAUACAUACACCUGUUAUAAGGUGUUUAAUAUAGCUCAGGAAAGUGAGCAUUUUUGUGAGAAAAAUGUAGGAUAUAUCAUAUCUAAUGAAAAAGAUUGAAUGUUCUCAAAUGUUACAAAGCAGUUUAAAGAAGUAAUUGGAACCCUUAGAAAACAUGUCACACAGUGGUUAAUACACAGAGCCAAGGUCAAAUUACAAGAAAAAUAGAUGGAAUAUAAGGGAGACAGUGUUUAGGUUUGUAUAAAACUCUAGGUUUGCUCUGUAAUCUGCUAAACCAUUUAAGUUCUUUUCUGUGAUGUCACUUUGUAUGUGGCACUUGAGGUAUUGUAUGUAAAAAGUAAGGAAUGCUUUACCAUUUCUCUUUGAUUUUCUUUAUCUUUUGUUUAAACUAGUUCUGAAGUAUUAUACAGUAAUCAAAAUGAACAGCUUAUCUACUUUAAAAAGCCAAAUUGAAAUAAUUAAGGAUGGAACUUUAAAAUGUUUAUAAGUUGUUUCCAAGAAAGAAUACUAGUUCCCAGUGAAUUUUAGUGAUGGGUCUUUUUUUCCAUUUUGGAAUUAUAUAGUUUUAAGUAGAAUUUUAAAAACCAUAAAAGGAGCGCCACUGUACAGUUUAGUAUAAACGGUAAAUUUUAAAGAGGCUGUGUUUAAGUUCAUAAUCAUAUUUUCAAGUAAAUAAAUAUUGCUCAGUGAACUGGAAAAAUUUAAUAGAAAAAUAUUGCAGUUUUGUGAUUGUUAAUUUGGUUGAACUGAUUUUUAUAUUAUUUAAGUAGCAUUUUAUAUUACUUUCAUAUGAAUAAGGGUAAUCCAUGCAUUUUAGAGUCUGUAAAACUACAAAGUUUGGGGCCAUAUUUCUUUCUUUUUGGAAAUUCUGUAAGUGUUGAUUCUGGGCUCUAUUGCUAACAGUUAUUCCCUUCCUAAGAUAAAUUAGCAAUGAUUUACUCCUCGUGGAAUACAGUAAUACUUGCAAUGUGUGACUUACAAAGUGUCUCGAUAGUUAUGGAAGCUAAGAGUCUUAAAUAGAAGACCUUCCUAAGAAUGAAAUAUUUUCUUUAUAAAGUAUGCUUUUCAAAAAUAAUGGUAUUUUAUCCUGCUGCCACAUAAAAAUGAGAAAAAGUUGAUACAGACUUGAAAGGUAAAAUAAAUUAUUUUAUUAUUUCCCCUAUUGAUAAGUAGUAAAGACCUUUGAUUGUACAUUAUCUGUUAUAGUGGAUGAUGGCCUUUUUUUUCUCCUUAAACAACUUUGGAAAAUGGAUUUGACAGUACAUAAUCAGUUCUACUAAUAACCAAAGCUUUAUUUGAAAAUUUAGUUUUUGUACAAAUUGAAGUAUAUAAUGCUUGAAAUACUUUGUCACUUUAUAAGUAAAAUGCAUAGCACUAAAUUUGUUUAUACUGUAAAGUACAUGUUAAAUGCUUUUAUCAAUUUGAAAAUAAAGAUAGUUGCUAAUA